AUGAACCAGUAUCACAUCUACGAAGCCAUUGGUCGUGGCAGAUACUCCACGGUGUAUAAAGGCAGAAAGAAGAAGACCAUCGAGUAUUUUGCGAUUAAAAGCGUUGAUAAAUCUCAGAAAAACAAGGUUCUUCAAGAAGUUAGGAUUCUUCACACUUUGGAUCACCAAAAUGUGCUCAAGUUUUAUUCAUGGUAUGAAACUUCUGCUCACUUAUGGUUGGUUUUGGAGUAUUGUGUGGGUGGGGAUCUACUCUCCAUAUUACGGCAGGAUAUUCAGCUUCCUGAAGAAUCUGUUAAUGAGCUUGCUUGUGACCUCGUUAGAGCUCUGCAGUAUUUACAUUCAAAUGGAAUAAUUUAUUGUGAUCUGAAACCAUCAAAUAUUCUACUAGAUGAAAAUGGACGUACAAAGCUCUGUGAUUUCGGAUUGGCCAGAAAGUUAAAAGAGAUAUCGAAAGUUCCUUCUUCUUCGUUGCCUCAAGCAAAACGUGGAACACCCUCUUACAUGGCUCCGGAGCUUUUUGAAGAUGGCGGAGUUCAUUCUUAUGCUUCUGAUUUCUGGGCUCUAGACCCGACUCCACCUCUCCCUGGAAAUCCAAGUCGACCUUUUGUCAAUUUAAUUAAUUCUCUGUUGGUCAAAGAUCCAGCCGAAAGAAUACAGUGGCCCGAGCUUUGUGGUCAUGCCUUUUGGAAAACUAAAUUCUCUCUAGUGUCUCUUCCUUCUCAACCUGCAUUUGAUGAUAUGAUAGAGCUUCAUGCUAAACCAUGCUUAUCAGAACGUAAUGGAGAUAAGUCUUCUCAUAACAGAACCCCUCCUAAACAACGUGAAAAAGACAUAAAAGGAAUGCUAAAAAAGGAUGAAAAUUCUGGUUUAGGAUCAAGAGGCAUUGAGACACCAACUAGGGCAACACCAAAUAGUCACAGAACUCAGACAAAGGGUUCUGGCCGAACAAAUGAAGUCAAGCAGAAAGAUCCUUCCAAUAUUAAAAAAGGUUUGAAUCUUUUGAGACUUUCAAGAAUAGCAAAAUCAAAUUUACAAAAAGAAAAUGAGAAAGAAAACUAUCGUCGCCCUUUGCCCAAUGGCUCUGAGAAGGAUGCAGAUGUUAAAAUUGAGAACACUGACAUGGAACUUGAUUUUAAUGAGAAUAGUGAAGAGGAUACACUUGAAGAAACUGAUGGUUCUGAACACACACCUGUGCCCAAUGAGAAAAUGGAGAAUAACUUUCAGAAUCAGGGAAAAGCAGAGGACACUGAAAAUGUUAUACACCAGUUGGACACCUUAUCUGUGACUACUCCUGCCUCAAACGAUUCAAGGCCAUUCGAUCACGAGUCAACUCCUGACCGUUCUGACAUAUCUUCUAUUUCUCCAAGUGUAAGCCCUCUAGUGAAAAAAAGGCCAAAAGAAGAUUUAGGUUCUGGCCUUGACUCUGAUUCUUCAAGAUCAUCAAGCGACAAUUCCCAGGUUAUUUGGCAUCCAUCUGAUCUCUCAGUCAGACCUGUGAUGCCCAGCAGAAAAGUUGACAAAGGCUCGGAAGUCAUCCCUUCACUUCCUUUUGAGGCAUUGCAAGCACCUGAUUUUGUCAAAAUGCCUAAAGAGCAAUUAGAGGCUGUACAUAACCGAAUUAUAGCCAUCUUGAGCGGGAAUACUAGCAUUGGAGAAAAACAAAAUGUGGUUAGGUACCUCGAGAUGUUAAGCAGUAAUGCUGAUGCAGCCAAUAUCUUGACCAAUGGGCCAAUAAUGCUCAUUCUCAUAAAAUUGCUACGUCAAUCUAAGGCAUCAGCUUUACGUGUUCAACUUGCUUCACUGAUUGGUCUGUUGAUUAGACACUCUACCUUUGUUGAUGACAGUUUGGCUAAUUCUGGAAUUCUAGGUUCACUGACGGAUGGCCUUAGGGACAGACAGGAAAAAGUAAGAAGGUUUUCUAUGGCUGCUUUGGGUGAGUUGCUAUUUUAUAUAUCCACCCAAAGUGCUGACUCUAAAGAUAACACUCUGCUUGAAUCUCCAUCGAAGGACAAUAGGACCGCACAUGGCUGGCAGGUUCCAAAUUCAUUAAUCUCCCUUGUGUCAGCGAUAUUGAGAAAAGGUGAGGAUGAUAUAACUCAAUUGUAUGCAUUGAGAACAGUUGAGAAUAUUUGCAGCCAAGGAGGGGUCUGGGUGGGACGUUUCACCAGUCAAGAUGUUAUUAAUAAUCUCUGCUAUAUCUAUAGAGCGGCAGGGAAACAGGAAAGCAUGAGGCUUACUGCAGGAUCAUGUUUAGUACGCUUAGUUCGCUUUAAUCCUUCUAGCAUUCAGUCUGUUAUAGAGAAACUCUCAUUCAAGGAUCUAGCUUCUGCUCUUGUCAAAGGCAGUCCACGAGAGCAGCAAAUUAGCUUAAAUCUUCUUAACUCAGCAAUGCUUGGAAGUCAUAUGCUCACAAAUGUUGGAAGAUACCUUAUACAACUUUCAGAGGAUAAGAAUCUGAUCCCAAGUCUUCUGUCCCUUGUUGAGCAGGGUAGUGAAGUUUUAAAAGGAAAGGCACUUGUUUUUGUGGCUCUCCUCUGCAAGCACGGUAGAAGGUGGCUUCCACAGUUCUUUUGCAGCCAUAAGUUACUGUCAGUGGUGGAUAGGCUGGGAAAAGAGAAGGAUGCCUUUGUGCGGCAGUGUUUAGUUGCAUUUCUGCAUAUUGUGGCAUCUACCAUUCCAGGUUUACUGGAUAUAAUAACAGGGGAUAUCCAGCAAAUGAUGGGAGGAAGGCGCCAUGGACAUAUCUCUUCCCUUACCAGCAGAUCUGCUCCAAAAGCCAAUAUUAAUUUGUUUCCUGUUGUCCUUCAUCUUCUUGAAAGUUCUGCUUUUAAGCAUAAAGUGGCGACACUUCCAGUACUACGGCAGUUGGCGAAUCUCAUUAAACUUGCAGAGGCACCGUUUCAGGGAAGAGAUGACUUUCAAAUAACCCUUCUCCGAAUUUUAGAGUCUCUCACGGAGGAAUCUUCUGUGAUCCUUACCAAUCCUGACAUUUUCAUUCGUGAAAUCCUCCCUAGUUUAACAGUUCUCUACAAGGGUAACAAGGAUGGUGAUGCAAGAUUUUUGUGCCUUAAAAUCUUUUUUGAUGUGAUGAUUAUUCUCUUGAGUGAACCAAUUGAAGAAGAGCAAAGAUUGAACGAUCUGAAGUUUGUAUCAAAUACACAUUUUCUUCCUCUCUACCCAACCUUGAUCGAAGAUGAAGAUCCGAUUCCUAUCUUUGCACAGAAGCUUCUUGUCAUGUUAUUAGAGUUCAGUUUUAUUUCAAUUCCAGACAUUCUACACCUGAAGACAAUAUCACAAUGUUUUGAGUUCUUGCUUGGUGAUCUGUCAAAUGCAAAUGUGAAUAAUGUUAAGCUGUGUCUUGCUCUGGCUUCUGCUCCUGAAAUGGAGUCAAAGUUACUCUCCCAAUUGAAAGUUGUUAGGAGGAUUGGUAAUUUUCUUGAGUUUGUAUGUGCAAAGGGAAUGGAAGAUUUGCUGGAACCAACUCUUGGGCUGUGUAGGGCCUUUCUAGCACGUUCAGUCAGCUCUACAAAAGGCUUCAGACACACAACAGAACCAACUCUCUUAGGUGACUGUCCUCCUGAAGCGAGUGGACCGGUUGACCCCCAGCAAUGCAUAAGAGAUAUAACAGACUUUGGAAACAAUGUUGGUGUCUUCCUAGAGUUGAGCGCAUCUAGGGAAACCAGUAUUGCCGAUAUAGCUUCUGAAUGCGUGAUUUUACUGCUCAAGGCCGCUCCUAGAGAAGCCACAACUGGUCUACUAACCAAUCUCCCCAAGGUCACCGUGAUCCUAGAAUCCUGGAGUAAAGGCAUCCCUCAUUUAACGGUUCAGAGAAUGCUUCAUGCUUUAGGUUAUGCUUGCAAGCAGUACUUAUUGCACGCAAUGAUAUUAUCAAUAUCAAUACCAGAGAUUUCAAGAAUUGAAGGAAUAGUUUCUGAACUCAAGAGUUCAAGUGUCCCUGCUUUAGCCAAAACUGCUGGAUUGGCAGCCUUGGAGUUGCAGCGGCUACCUCGCUGCAUUUGA